CCCUUUUUCUUAAGCUCAGCUCCUCCUUCUCGGACUCCCGAAGUCUGAAACUGAAUCAAAUCAACGCAAAUUGCAACUAUGGCGUUCUUCUUGAACAAAACAGGGAUUGCUUCCCAUUUCCGAUCUCAUUCCCAGAAGACGGAAGAUUCGCUUUCCCUCUCGCGCCGUGGAUUCCACGUUGAACCCGGGCUUCGUGAAAAAGCCCUUUUGGCUGAGGAUCCAUCUCUGAAGCCAUUCAAAUCCUAUAAAAAGAGCGUUUCACGGAUUAAAAGAAUUGGUGAUGUUCUAACGGUGGUUGUUGUUGCUGGAUGCUGUUAUGAAAUAUAUGUCAGAGCUGUUAUGAGAGAAGAAGCUCGGAAGCAGGCAAAUGCUGAAAAUGCAUGAAACGAAAAUUGUGGUUUUAGUUUUUUUUUACUAUUCUGUGAACAAUAUGACCUGUUAUGAGUAGCCAAAUAUUCGAAUAAGCAGAACAGUAUUCGAACCCAAAAUGCUGCACCUCAAUAGCUUAUCCGCCGUCUGAGAUGCAUGCUUUUCAAUGAUGAACGUUGAGACUUGGGAGAUAUAUUCUGGUUUCAUGUAUUUGUGGUGUUUCCUACCAUCAAAUUUGAAAGGAAGGAAUUGGUCAUUUGUGAGGCGUGCAGAGCAACAUUACAGUUAUUCUAAUUGCUUCCGGUGCUAUAUUAUGUUCUCAGAUGAAAUUAAUCAUUUUGGAAUUUUAA